UAGCAACGUAGCUAGUUAGCGGACUGUAGAGAAGAGCAGGAGACCGCGGGGGAAAAACACUGCGAACGGCCGAGCCAUGAGCAGCCAGAGCUCCCGGAACGAGACGACAGCGGCGGUGAACGGACCCGAGCCGAGCUCCAGAGAGCGGAAACACGGCGGCGGCGCGGUGAAGAGGCUGAAAUCCCGCCGGAGCGCCGCGGAGCGACGGCCGGUGACUGAGGACGAGCUGCGGGCUGCAGGCAGAGGCGUCACACCGGAGGACGCGCUCGCGCUCCGCACCGUCACGCGCGAUUAUCUGUGUAAACCUGAGGACAACAUCUACAACAUCGACUUCACACGCUUUAAGAUCCGAGACCUGGAGACGAGCACCGUGCUGUUUGAGAUCUCCAAACCUCCUCACUGCGAUGUUGAUGAUGAAGAUGAAGAAAACGUCGAUGCGGACACGAGCACCGGCCGAUUCGUUCGAUAUCAGUUCACGCCGGCGUUUCUUAAACUUCGUACGGUCGGAGCCACCGUGGAGUUUACUGUAGGCGAUCGGCCUGUGAAUAAUUUCCGGAUGAUCGAGCGUCAUUAUUUUCAGGAGCGUCUUCUGAAGAACUUUGAUUUUGACUUUGGCUUCUGCAUACCGAACAGCCGCAACACGUGUGAGCACAUCUACGAGUUCCCGCAGCUCCCAGACGAGCUCAUCCGUCAGAUGGUGGAUCACCCGUACGAGACUCGCUCAGACAGCUUCUACUUUGUGGACAACAAACUGAUCAUGCACAACAAAGCAGACUACGCUUACAACGGGGGCCAAUGAUGCUGCUGAGCCAGGACCAGUCUGACGCAGCAGAUUUGCUGAAACACAGAAAACCGCCGUCUCGUCCGGAGCAUCACAACCUUCACUCUCUCCCUUCUCCAGGAACUCGCCGAUGAUCAUCACACGCAAUUUAUCACAAUAUCACAGUUGAUGUUUUUGUGCACGUGGGAUUCGUUUAGGGUUAAAAAUAUGGAACAUGGAUAUUUAAAUGUAACUAAUUCUGACACUAAAAUACAAAGAUCUGAUUCUGAUUCAUUAUUAAAAUCAGACUCUUGAUUAUUUUAAGCUUUCGAAUCUAACGAUGUGAACACGACACCUCAGGAAUCGCAGCUUUACAAACCAUCUACGAUGAGGUUUAAAAGAUGUUUAAUUAAGUAACAAUCAGUUUCUCGUUACUUAAUUAAACAUCUUUUAAACCUCAUCGUAACGAGUUCUGAUCAGAAUGAAUAUUGUGAUGUAUUGUGGACCUGAUGAUCAGAGCCUCUGUAAAGUUCCAGUGUCUGAAUGAGAUUAUAUACAGAUUAUUACACAUUCAUAUGGAAUAAUAAGCUCUAAAUACAUUUUUGUCAUAAAUCAGACGAUUUCACACGUACGAGCCGUUAAAUCGUAUUUUCCCGCCGUCGUGUUGAACGUUUUUAAUCCUCUUGUUAACGAGCGAAACUUUACGGAGCCACUUUAAAGUGUUUUCUUUGUAUUUUUCACGUUUAUACAGAACUCCGGGGAUGUUUGGUUGCCAUGGCGCCCGGGAGAAACCGUGUCAUGUUUCGUACAGUAGAAACGCAGGUUAUGUUUGUGUUACUGAUUUCUGUACAAUGUGUUGAACUGGAAACAUGUUUUAUAUCCUUUCUUAUUACACUUAUUUUACUUUGUUAAUGAUGAUGAUGAUGAUGAUGAUGAUGAAGCCUGUAUCAGGACUGAACUGAAAAUAUCCCAAAACUCUCCAAAAUCCCAGUAAAGAUAACGAACAAAGAGAAAUCUCCACUCCAGACGUCCUCAUUACAAACCAGAGCUUGAGAUGUUUUCAGGGUCACGUGGUGACGUGACGUGACGUGACGUGAGAUUACGGACCGUUUGAUGCCUUACAGCAGAUCAGAUCAGGAGCUGGUUCGAGAAAAAAAAAUAACACUAAACUGUUUGUGAAAUUCUGUCCGAUCGAAACAAACCUUUUUGUCUGAUUCUAGUUUUGAAUGAUUGUAUUAUAGACACGACAGGUUUAGACGUUUGUUUGUCAUCACUUUCCUUCUGUGUGAAUUAAAGCUGUUUCUAAAAAAAAAAUGAAAGAAAUAAAAUGUUUCAGUAAAAAUUUCUUUUCUCUCAUGA